UUACUUAUACUGCCUCGCUAGAGAGCUAGCUUUUCUAGUGGUGUGGUAGAGUGUCUCUCUUCAUCACGCAAGUUACGCAACGGCGGGCGUGAUCAGCACUUGGCUGGGCGACCGCUACACGUUACACUAUUAUAACCAUCAAAUAAAACGCCCGAAUUGUCUUCCAUAAAUCCGCCAAGAGACAUGUCAGUGAUGUCUUCGAUUGCGAGGUUGGGCGGAAAAGUCGCAUUGAUUACAGGGGCCAGUUCUGGUAUUGGGGCAGGGACAGCCAUUUUGUUUUGUAAACUUGGUGCAGAGGUAGCCAUCACAGGCAGAAAUGUUGACAAUCUGGCAAAAACAGCUGCCGAGUGUGAAAAGGGAAACGGAAAAAAGCCGUUUACCCUUUGUGGUGAUUUGACCAAUGAAGACUUCGUAAAGCGACUCGUAGAUGAAUCUGUAAAGCAUUAUGGGAAGCUGGACAUUCUGGUCAAUAAUGCCGGAAUAGUGAAAACUGGAACCAUUGAAACAACAACAUUGGAGCAGUAUGAUGAUGCAAUGAACAUUAACGUCAGAGCUAUUUAUCAUCUGACCAUGCUUGCAGUUCCUCAUCUGGUCACCACAAAGGGAAACAUUGUCAAUGUAUCAAGUGUGAAUGGCGUUAGAGCAUUUGGUGGAGUUUUAGCAUAUUGUAUGGCAAAGAGUGCCAUCGAUCAGUUUACCAGAUGUACUGCAAUAGACUUGGCCCCAAAGCAGGUCAGGGUAAAUAGUGUAAACCCUGGUGUGACUAUCACUGAGUUUCACAAGAGAGGUGGCAUGGAUGAGGAAGCCUAUCAGAAGUUUUUAGAGCGAUCCAAAACAACGCAUGCGCUAGGACGGCCCGGUCAGGUGGAGGAGGUGGCCAAUGCGAUUGCUUUCCUGGCAUCAGACAGUGCUUCCUUUAUCACGGGCGUACAAUUACCAGUAGAUGGCGGUAGACACGCUCUUUGUCCGCGAUAGAUAUUAAAACUUUUAAAAACUGUUUGUUGUAAAAAGCCAUACACCGUCUGAUAUGCAUGUUGAAUUGAAUAUUUACUAUUGAAAUCAGAUGGAUGUGGAAUUAAUCAAAUGAUGUUUUAUGAGAAUGUAGCACGCGAAGUGAAACUCUGUACAGGUGAUUAACACGUAAUUAUGAAAUGUUCAUUAAACAAUAGUGAAUAUUGAAACUUUUGACCAAUAACGGAGAUAAUGCAGUACGUCAUAUAUGUGAAUAUUUCUUGAUGGUUUCAGUGCUUCAGUUUUUGAUUUUCUACAUUAGAAACUAAUUUGCUGUGCCUCAUGCCAUUCAUGAGGCGUUGUUGUGAAAUUUAUAUAUUUGUUAAAAUAAAUUCAGAUCUAUUUCUUAUAUAUACAUGUAACAGAAAAAAAGAUACAAAAUAAAGAUUUAUAUACAAGAA